AUGUCAAAUCAUAAUGUAACAGAAUGUCGAAGUUUCAAGGGCAUAUCAACUAAUGAAAGACAUAAAUAUGCCAAAACCAAUAAACUCUACUACAGGUGUUUACUUCAUAAAUCAGGAGAAACUUGUACCAGCAAUAUGAAUUGCAAAAUAUGCAACAUCAGUACUCAUCAUGAGCUCCUGCACUUCGAAAACGUUCAAAAGAAGUCAGCAAUGUCUACAAACGCAGAUUCAACAACGGUAAUUCUAGCCACAGCUCAAGUAAGAGCAAAAGCCGCAAAUGGAGAGCACAUAUUAUUAAGGGCUCUUAUUGAUCAAGGAUCACAAAUAACAUCAAUUUCUGAAGAAGCAGCACAGAUACUAGGUGUACCAAAGAAAAAAGUGAUGACAAAGCUUCAUGGCCUAGGAGGUAUUGUGGUUGGCGAAUCAAAAUUUAAAAUUAAAGUGCAAAUUACACCUCGUUUUCUGAGUCAACACGUCAAAGAAGGGGAUGCCGUAAUUUUAUCAUCUCUUACAACUGCAGAACCAGAUCAAUAUUUUAGAUUCAGUUUUAAAAAAUGGGAAAACUACACUCUUGCUGACCCAUUAUUUAACAAAACUGAUAGAAUUGACAUGGUGAUAGGUAGUGAUAUAUUUAGCAGAAUAAUAGAAAAAUGCAUAAGAAACCACAAUGGCGUUCUUGCACAGGCUACGAAAUUUGGUUGGAUUUUAUCUGGAAUAAUUAAGCAAAAGAAACCAAGCAAAAUUACUUCGGCAGUAACCAACCUUGAAAGAUUUUGGGAGCUAGAGGAAGAACAAGAUGAUAAAACUAAAGUGGAAGACGAAAUAUGUUUAAACAAGUUCGAGGAAACCACUAAGCAAGAUGCAGACGGACAAUUCAUUAUGGAAAUUCCAUUUAAAGACGACAUGGAGCUGGAUGAAUCUCGUAAGCAGGCAAUUGCUCGGCUGUUAUCCACGGAAGCAAAACUCAAAAAAAGUGAAAAACUUUGCAAUGAUUACAAAGAAUUCAUUCACGAGUACCAAAACCUUGGUCAUAUGAUAAAUUACUUGCCACACCAGGCUGUUAUACGCGUUGAAAAAUUAUCUACAAAACUUCGUGUUGUCUUUGAUGCGUCAGCAAAAACUUCAAAUGGAAAGUGCCUAAAUGAUAUCAUGUUGACAGGACCCAAACUUCAAAGGGAUGUAUUUGAUAUCAUUCUCAAGUGGAGACUAUGGAAAGUAGUAAUCACCGCCGAUGUUGUAAAAAUGUUCCAGCAAAUUAAAAUUUCAAAAAAAGAUCAAGUGUAUCAUCGAAUUUUGUGGCGGGAAUAUCCUUCAGAUAAGAUAGAGGAAUACGAGUUGGCGACAGUGACAUAUGGUACCGCUUCAGCACCAUAUUUAGCAGCGCGCACAUUGUUUGAAAUUGCCAACAAGUGUUCAAGUGAAAACAAAUGGUUACAAAAAAUCAUAAAGGAAGAUUUUUAUAUGGAUGAUCUCAUGACUGGUGGAGAUUCGGUUAACCAAUGUAUUAUGAUCCAAAAAGAAAUCAGAAAGCAUCUUCAGUUAUUUGGAUUUCAUUUGAGGAAAUGGCUAUCCAAUUUUAACAAUAUAACCAAAAAUAUCACCAACAUUGGAGAAAAUGAAAUAAUUCAAAUAAAAGAAAAUGAAGCAGUGAAAACACUUGGGCUAUACUGGGACCCAAAGCAAGAUCAGUUCCAGUUCAGAAUUAAUCUGGGAAUGCCAAAGAAAAUGACAAAAAGAAGUAUUUUGUCACAAAUCGCCCAAAUAUUUGAUCCGUUGGGCUGGUUAUCACCAAUCACUGUGGUCGCAAAAUUAUACAUGCAAAAACUUUGGAUUGAAAAGACUGGAUGGGAUGACCAGCUCUCUGACGAUCUACAAAACGAAUGGAAGCUGUUUAUUGACACUGUUAGCACAUUGGAAGAAGUACGUAUUCCACGCUGGAUUGAAACUAAUAUGGUUUGUAAAGUAGAGAUUCGGUGA